AUGCCCAGUACUAAUUCACAUUCAAAGUCGUCAAUAGACUUUCUGCUAUCGGGCAAUGACGAACCACACAAUGAUAACGCUGGUGAAGCCCACAGAGAUCUGCCAGACAGCACCCCGGUGGACGUAGUGUGUGUGGAACCACGGACAGUGCCGGCAACUAAUAACCCAAAGAAACGCACCAUUAGGAGGCCCAGGGACCCCAAACUAUCGCUGAGACUGCUACAACAACCGAUCCAUGCAAAGGUGUCCACCCAUCCUUCAGGCAGAGUGUUCUUUAGUGAGCAUAGGCCAAUACAUCCUCCUCCCAUAUUGCAACUGUGUGUUGAUGAUAUGAAGCCAAGGUCACAGGAGGAGACGAUAAUUGACGAGUUGAAAAAAGGGUUGAGCGCAAAUAAGGAUCCAAAGUCAAUUGAGAGGAUUAAGGAGUUGGAUAUCAUCAAGACCAUGAGAUCAAACAGAGUGCCUCCAUGGGUUCACUACUCAACGUUUUUUGUCGUUGCAAAGUUACAGGCAACCGAUGUUCAGGAGCCUCAGCACCAGAACCCAGAUACCGUUGAAUCUACGAAUGACCUACUGAUUGGUACUAAUGUGGCAUCUGGUAUGCCAAUAUCGUUACGUAUAAACAUGUCAUCUCAGGGCCAUUUGGGCAGACUGUUACCAGUGGAGAAAUUGGACCCGAGCAACUAUGCAAUAACAUUUGUGUUUUCUGACCUUGCCGUGAAGAAGAUUGGGAAGUUCAAGUUGAGCUUUGACCUCUAUGAAGCAUUCAAUGGGAAGGUUGUACAUAGGAAUAGCACGCUCUCCGAUGAGUUUCAGAUCUUCACGCCAAAGAAGUUCACGGGAUCCACGGUGUCUUCUCCGUUGACGAGCUUCCUAUUCAAUCACGGAGCAAGAAUACGACAGAGGAAGAGAAGCUCGAAUUCUGCCACGAAGAAGGGGUCCAGUACAAAUGUUGAUGACGAUUCAAGUAAAAGCGAAGAUUCAAAGAGUGAAGAUUCCUUGGAAAACCCACAAAAGUUACGUCGUUUGUCAUGUUCCCGUGAUAUGAGGGUCCCAUCACACCCUCAUACCCUUCAGCAUCGCUAUUCGUUACCACCAGUGGAUACUCUUGUGGAGUAUCAGCACCAAAAGCAGGUAGAGCAGCAAAGAAAUCAACAUAAACAGAACAUACAUCAAGUGCCAAUGCCUAUGAACUUACCGUCAAUCGCACAAAAGUACUACCCUCACCAGAUGAACCCUUCACCAACAUUCAACCGUCCUGUAUUCCCUGCACGCUCACAGAUGGUUACACAUUUACCACCAAUACAAGAUUACACAGUGCAACAACAGCAACGUCAUCAGCAGCAGCAACCACAACCACAGCCACUGUAUUACCAGUAUGCUCCUCAUCCUCAACAUCAUCCUCACCAAAACCACCAACAAUUGGAGCCUCUGUAUAACGUUGCAACGAGUUAUCAACCAGCUGUUAUUGGAUAUGGGAACAGAGCAUCGGUUGAAGAUACAUACAUGAGAAAAGUUGAUGGUCGGGGUAUUGGCCCUCAAAAAGAACGUUGA